UUUUUGGAUGCACGCUGCUGCGAGUGUGCGGCGUUACGAGAAGAAGCUUUUCCAGCGCGUUUGUGGAUAUAAAUCGUUAGUUUGGGUCUAUGUUCACGUUCACUGGCUGAUAGGACUCUCCCGAGAAGUCGUAUAUCGAGUGUGUAUUCAUCGCACGGCGGAGAAAGAAAGAAGGAAAGAAAAUGCCGUUUUCGAGAGGAAAGAAACCAAUGGUCAGCAAGAUCCCAAAGCUGCAUGUUAAGAGCUCCGAGAAUCAGGACGAUGCCUCUCAGGCCAAGCGAUCUACAUCUCCUCCUCAAGGGGCUCCUAGGAAGAGGACUGCAUUUAUCGACAUCACUAAUGCUGUGUCUCAGUGUUUUUUGACUCUUCAGUUUGGUGCUGUGGACAGUGAGAGGAGCGCUCACAAGAUUGAGAUUAGCAAUCCUAUCAAGAAAAAAGGUCCAGUGAAGAAGGUGCAGAAGACCACCUCAGUGGCUGCCAAGAAUGAAGCCAACCUGAAUAAGUUGGCCAUGGUCACUUCUGAGGGUCAGUCUGAAGAGGCGCAGAAGAGGGCAUCCCCGGCAGAGAAACCGGAGGAGCCCCUUUCUAAAGCCCCCCUUCCCCCACAUUUGCUACCUCCACAGAUACCCCCAGAGUUUGACAUAGACUCUGAUCCUUCAAAUGACUGCACCCAGACACCAGAAUAUGCCAAAGACAUUUUUGACUACCUGAAGAACAGAGAAGAGAAGUUUGUAUUGCAUGAUUACAUGGACAGACAGCUGAAUCUGAACCAGAGCAUGAGGGCAAUUCUAGUAGACUGGCUGGUAGAGGUGCAGGAGAAUUUUGAGUUGAACCAUGAGACCCUUUACUUGGCAGUGAAGAUGACAGAUCAUUACCUGGCUGUGGCUCAGGCCAGCAGAGAAUCUUUACAGCUGAUUGGUUCCACGGCCAUGCUGCUUGCCUGCAAGUUUGAGGAGCGGCUCCCCCCUUGUGUUGACGACUUCCUGUAUAUCUGCGAUGAUGCAUACAAACGCUCACAGCUCAUUACCAUGGAAGCAAAUAUUCUGCAAGCGCUGAACUUUGACAUAAACAUUCCUGUUGCCUAUCGCUUUCUACGCCGCUACGCGAAGUGUGUUAAUGCAGGCAUGGACACAUUGACUCUGGCACGGUUCGUCUGUGAGCUCAGUCUGCUGGAGAUGCAGUUCGUCCCAGUCCGAGCGUCUCUGCUGGCCUCUGCUUGCCUGCUCAUAGCUCUGGUUACCAAGGACCUGGGGGGAUGGAACCCAUGCCUGCAAUUCCAUUCAGGCUACAGUGCAGAAGAUCUGGCGCCCGUGGCCCGAGAACUCCAGCACAUGCUGAGCAGCACCCCUGACAGUAAGCUUGCCACCGUCCGGAGCAAGUACUCUCACAAGGUUUUCUUUGAAGUUGCUCUCAUGCCUCCUGUGAGCCUGGAGAAGCUGGAGAUGUUUCUGAAGUGAGCCAAAGCGGAAAUCUUUAAUCUAUAAACCAUGUAAAUAUUUGUAUUUAAUAUUGUAUAUCCAUCCUGUUUUAAAAUAAAAGUCUGUUCUGUUGUGUAUGUGUUUACAAAACGAGCAUGUUUUAAGAUUUUGUGAGAAGGAUUGUAAAUAGACUUUUUAGAGAGGUUUUGAACCAAAAAAAAAGUGUAACCUCAGCGUGACUAAAAUGCAUGUUACAGAAACUUCUCCAAGGUUGUUUCAGAAGACUUUGAAUAAUGUUCUUAAAUUCGAUAUUAAACCAUGUUAUUAAA